AUGUCUGGGGCCACCGCCGCGGGCGCGAUCGCCGCUCUCCUGCGUGCCCACCGCUUGCCCAUGCUGCAUUCGCCGUUCGCGUGCUCGCUCGCCGCCGCGCGCUCUCUGGGCGCGCAUCUCCCUCCCCGCGCCCCGGCGGCCGCCGCGCCGCUCUCCUCCCGCCUCUCCCUCGCGCGCCUCCGCUCCGGCGCUUCCUCGCGCUUCUUCUCCUCCUCCUCCUGCGCCCCUGGCAGCGCUGUCUCUUCCUCGGCGGCGGAGCACGAGGAGCCGCCGAAGUCGGAGCUCAUCUUCCUCGGCACGGGCACCAGCGAGGGCGUCCCGCGCGUCAGCUGCCUCACCGACCCCUCCAAGACUUGCCCCGUUUGCACCAAGGCAGCAGAGCCAGGGAACCGGAACCGGAGGCGCAACACCUCCAUUCUCCUGCGCCAUGUCACGCCGUCUCGCACCUCUAACAUUCUCAUCGACGCUGGCAAGUUUUUCUACCAUUCUGCGCUCCAGUGGUUCCCUGCUUUUGGGUUGAGGGAGAUUGAUGCUGUCAUUAUUACUCAUUCUCAUGCUGAUGCAAUUGGAGGUCUUGAUUGUCUUCGUGAUUGGACGAACAAUGUCCAGCCCUCCAUCCCAAUUUAUGUGGCACCGCGUGAUUAUGAGGUGAUGAAGAUGACACACCACUAUUUGGUCGACACAAGUACGGUUAUACCUGGUGCUGCAGUUUCAACAUUGCAAUUCAACAUUAUGAAAGAGGAACCAUUUACUGUUCAGGAUCUUGAGGUAAUUCCUUUGCCUGUAUGGCACGGUCAGGGUUACCGUUCCCUUGGUUUCCGUUUUGGUGACAUAUGCUACAUAAGUGAUGUCAGUGAUAUACCUGACGAAACCUAUAAACUUCUGGAAGACUGUCAACUUCUUAUAUUGGAUGCUCUUAGACCUGAUCGUUCUUCUUCAACACACUUUGGAUUACCUAGGGCCCUCGAGGAAGUCAGGAAAAUCAAACCAAAAAGAACACUGUUUACCGGGAUGAUGCAUUUAAUGGACCAUGAGAAAGUGAACGAUGAUCUUGCCAGGCUGAUGGAAACAGAGGGGCUUGACGUCCAGCUUAGCUAUGAUGGUCUCAGAAGAAUGAUGAUGCACAACCAUAACAAUGCAUUGGCACCUUGA